AUGGCAAUGGAUUCGCUUAAGCAUUUCGUCCGAAGGAGUGACGAUGGGACUUUUUACGGACCAGGCACAGAGCCGCUGCUGUUCGCGUUCUUUGGGCUCAUCAUGCUGGGCACAUUUUUGUCGCUUGCGCUGCUGUGCCUCCGCCGAAAACGCAUGGCACGUCAACGGCAGUUCCUUCCACUGCACCAGGGCCAUACUCAUCGCCGAUCCGCUUCCGUCCUCAAUCUGCCUCAAGUAGGCCGUAACGAACGAGUCUUUGUGUACGAUGAAAAGAUGAACCUGAUCUCCAACUCAUCCAACAGUCCACCGGCGGAAAUUCCUCAAAUCCGGGUCACGUUCCCAGACGAUGAAGGCGAGAGCCAUCAACGGGCUGGCCGAGUCGUGGUUGUACAUGUCACAGAUACUGGAAGUAUUGGCAUGUCGCCGUUGCAAGAUUCCGCUCCUCCUUAUCAACAAGCGGAUGCUGAACGCUUUCAGUCCCUGGACCUGAACAGGAUCGGUGGACUUCGUGAAAAAGACACCACCCAGCAACGGUUUUCUUGA